UCCAAGAGUGCGUCUCUCCUCUCAGUUCUCCUCCAAGUCACACUUCCAGAGUCAGGCAUCAGAGCAACUCGCCUCCUCAGUCUGCGUAAAAGUCAAAGGAGCAUCCAGAACUUUUUUUUUUCUUCUGUUUGGCUUUUUUGUUCCGUUUUUGCCCUUUGAGGAUCCAGGUUCUCCACUCGAGCUGCGCGCCCUUUACAGACUGUCAUCCGCAGUCUCUGGGCUACAGCAGCUUGGAUUUUAGAAAGAAAGGGAUUUUUCCUCCUCUUUUUUUUUUUUUAUCUGUGAUACUCGGUUCCUUCCAUUCGUUUCGCAUGAAUCUCCUCGACCCUUACCUGAAGAUGACAGAAGAACAGGAGAAGUGUCACUCCGACGCGCCCAGCCCCAGCAUGUCCGAGGACUCCGCGGGCUCCCCUUGCCCGUCCGGCUCCGGCUCGGACACCGAGAACCACCGGCCCAUCGACAACCACCUCCUCCUGGGCCCGGAGUACAAGAAGGAGGGCGAGGAGGAGAAGUUCCCCGUGUGCAUCCGGGACGCGGUGUCCCAGGUGCUGAAGGGAUACGACUGGACCCUGGUGCCGAUGCCCGUGCGCGUAAACGGCUCCAGCAAAAACAAACCUCACGUCAAGAGACCCAUGAACGCGUUCAUGGUGUGGGCACAGGCGGCCAGGAGGAAGCUGGCCGACCAGUACCCGCAUCUGCACAACGCGGAACUCAGCAAGACCCUGGGCAAACUGUGGAGAUUGCUCAACGAGGUCGAGAAGCGUCCGUUCGUGGAGGAAGCGGAGCGCCUGAGAGUGCAGCACAAGAAGGAUCAUCCCGACUACAAGUACCAGCCGAGGCGGAGGAAGUCUGUGAAGAACGGACAGAACGACCCGGAGGACGGAGAGCAAACGCACAUAUCUCCCGGCGCGAUCUUCAAGGCUCUGCAGCAGGCCGACUCCCCGGCGUCCAGCAUGGGCGAGGCGCACUCCCCAGGAGAACACUCAGGUCAAUCCCAGGGCCCACCUACACCCCCCACCACCCCCAAGACAGACCUGCCCACCAGCAAGGUCGACCUGAAGCGUGAGGGCCGCCCCAUCCAGGAGGGCACCAGUCGCCAGCUCAACAUCGACUUUGGCGCCGUGGACAUUGGCGAGCUGAGCAGCGAGGUCAUCUCCAACAUGGGGAGCUUUGACGUGGACGAGUUCGACCAGUACCUGCCGCCUCACAGCCACGCCGGGGGGGCCGGAGCGGGCCAGGCCGGCUACACCGGUAGCUACGGCAUCAGCAGCUCCUCCGUCGGCCAGGCGGCCAACGUCGGGGCUCACUCGUGGAUGUCCAAGCAGCAGCAGCAGCAGCAGCAGCAGCAGCAGCAGCAGCAGCAGCACUCUCUCACCACCCUGGGCGGAGGAGGGGGCGAGCAGGGCCAGCAGGGUCAACAGAGAACCACCCAGAUCAAGACGGAGCAGCUGAGCCCGAGUCACUACAGCGAGCAGCAGGGCUCCCCCCAGCACGUCACCUACGGCUCCUUCAACCUGCAGCACUACAGCGCCUCCUCCUACCCGUCCAUCACCAGAGCACAGUAUGACUAUUCCGAACACCAAGGCGGCGCCAACUCCUACUACAGCCACGCGGGCGCCCAGGGCUCCGGCCUGUACUCCACCUUCAGCUACAUGAGCCCCAGCCAGAGGCCCAUGUACACCCCCAUCGCCGACACCACCGGAGUGCCCUCUGUUCCCCAGACCCACAGUCCGCAGCACUGGGAGCAGCAGCCCAUUUACACACAGCUGUCCAGGCCGUGAA